CAAUUAACGACACUGAAAGAGAGCAGAAUGUACCAUUUAAAACAUAAAUCAUCAUCAUCAUUUUUUUCUCACCUAUGCAGCUUUCUUACCAGUUUUUGUUCGAUAGAAUGAUACAUCUAGUCUCUAGUUUCCAUGUCAAAUUGUAGAAAUAUUGUGAUUGAUUUUGAGAUAGUCACAGUACAUUGAAAAAAAUGUUGUGCAUCAUACAGUGUAAAAAUCGAAAAUGUGUGACAAAAGCCUUUACCAUCAAGUUGGUGUAAUAAUAUCACGCAAAAUCUUUAUAGCGUGUCUGAGAUUAGUAUUAGUGGUUGAAUCACAUCGAUUUCAUUGCUUAGAUAGAAGUCCUCAUUGUUCAUUUAAGCCUAUUGUUGACAUAUUUGCCAUUCUUAUUUUUUGUUUUAGUGAAUGUGAAUGGUACUACUUCACCAACUUCUUCAUCGGGACUUGGUGUUCGUUCUCAUUUAACAAAUGGUACAAGUAAAUUUGAUAUAUUUGCUGCAGCUGCUGCCGCGCAUUCCGUCCAUCAUGGUCAUCAUCAUCACAUGUCUGGUGCUAUGCAAAUAGCCACGGCUCUCGUUAAAAAAGCUCAACGAUCCAUACAACAACAGCAGCCUCUAACCGUACUCAACGAUCAACAAUAUCAUUCAUCACAUCAUCGUACAACACCAUUACAAAAUAGUCCAAAUGGAAAUUUGAAUAAUACAGUAACUACAAAUAAACGAAAACGUAAAACAGAACGUCCAGCACAAAAACGUGUACGUGGCUCAUACAAACUCGUAUCACCUGAACAAAAAGUAAUGAUUCAUGAAUAUGCUGAAAAACAUGGUGUUAAAGCAGCAAGUAAAGUGUAUCAAGUAGCUCCAUCAACUAUUGCCUCGUGGCUUUAUCAAAAACCAAAUGGUGAACGUACAUCGGCUAUUCGAAAUAAAGAAGCACAUUCAAAAAUUCUUGAAUGGGUUAAACAACGUCGUGAUUGUGGUGAAAGAGUAAAUAAUAAAGAUUUUCAUUCUUAUGCAUUGGCAACAAUGAGAGAAUUAACUGGAAAUCCUGAUUUUGCUGCUAGUCGAAGUUGGUGUAGUAAUUUUAUUAAAAAAUAUCAGAUACAAUUGGACAGUGAUAAAUUAUCUGAUUCGUCACAAUUUCGAUUUGAUUCAAGCGGUCUUGAUGAGAAUGCUAGUGAAAGUUCAUUAUGUUUUCCUGGUGCUAGCAGUCCCAGUGAUACAAAAUUAGAUGAAACUGCUCUAACAGAUGAAAGUCAAAUUGUAUCACCCGAUGAAUCAUCACAUGUACUCCAACAUUAUAGUCCAUUAUCUGUUAAUAAUAGCAAUGUUAAUGGAACAACAAAUUCAUUAUUAAUUCAAAGUGAUACAAAUGGAGGAGAUUCACCAAAACCUACAACAGCAACAACAAGUUUAAAUGAAAAUGAACAAAAAAAAAUACGUCGACAUCGUCAUCAUCAACAACACUCACAACAAAGACAUUCAACAGAAUCAAGUGGUGAAGGAGAAGAUGAUUCAUUAUCAUCACCAACAAAAAUAAUGGCUGGAAUACAAACAACACCACCAUUAAAAACUCCCUCGUUAUCUAAAACUCGUAUGAAUGAUGAUGAUCUAUGUCAACAAGCAGUAUCUACGACAAGUAUUCCAUCCCAAUCUUCUUUAUCUUCUCUUUCUUUAAAUAAUCAGACUUCAAAACGUACACUGAAUCGUUUAUUACAUUCUCAAUCUACCUUAAGUUCAACAAAUAGUUCCCAUCAUCAACCUACAAAAUCGACAACAUCAGCUACUCGUCAUUUAAGUUCAGAUACACUUAGUUAUGGUGGUCAUUCAUCGACAACUCAUGUCAAUGGACUCUGUGUAAAUAUGGCUAUUUUACCACGAUCACCAUCACAACAACGAGAUCAACAACCAACAGCUACAACAAACAAUAUUGAACAUGAAACAAAAAUUGAUAAACAAUUAAUUAUGCAUAAUCCAGAAACAACAACACAAUCUGUUGAAACAUUUGUACAACAUUUUGAAAGUACUCUUAAUACGAUGACAUAUUUUCAAGAAAAAUUACGAAAUUUAGUUGUGACUAUUGCACAAGAACGUGAUGCAUUACUUCAAUUAUAUUUAAAAGAACGUGAUCGUCGAAUUGUUAUUGAAUCACGUUUAAAAGAAAUUAUGUAA